AACCUUAUUAGUCAUGUGCAAUGUUAUGUAGGCGGCAGAGAAGUAAGGACUGUAUAAGUGGUCCAUCUAUAAUCUGUGUCAUCAUCAUCUUUGAGUAUUCAAAAACUCAGAAAACAAUAAUUUAACAAUCAAACAUCAGCAUAGCACAGCACAACAUUUAGCCUACUUUUAUUACUCCUUCUGUCUCCCUAUAAUUUCAAUAAAUACUUAUCACAUAAAUCUGAGUGUCUGCUGCUGAAUUUUUUUGUUAGUUUCAGUGGAAAAGCCUGCAGAAAAAGAGCUCCUUUUUUAGCAACUCUUUUGACAUUCAUAUCUCAGAAUUCCUCUCAGACUAUAAAAGUUUUUUGAGGGGUUGAAAGGAGACCGAAGAUGAAGAAUUCUGUCUCUGAACACAGUUUCUACAUAGAGAGUGACGACGAGGAUGAUCAUCAGGAGAAGCAAUUGGAUAAACCUGAAAAUGAAGAUGGGAAUGACUCUGAUUCUUCCAAUUACUCUAAUGAUGAUAAUAAUGAAAAUGAUUUCCCCGACAGCAAACCGAGUUCCUUCAACCCUCCUGCUUGGCCUCAAAGUUACAGGCAAUCUAUGGAUAUAUAUAGUAGUGUACCGUCUCCAAGUCUUACUUUCCUGGGGACACCUUCAUUAACACGUUUAGGCAGCUCGUUCCUUGGCUCAUCACUCACAAGGAGACACACUCCUGAAGUGUUGCCCUCUCUUCAUAAACCUCUCAUAGAAGAGGAGCAGGCUCCACAUGAGCGACGUAGCUCUCAUACUUUGCUGCCUCCUCUUCCGUCAAGGAGGUCUGCUAUUAAGAAAUUUCCUGAUGAGAAAUCGGUUGCACAUGAAUUUCCAGUUUCCCGUCAAAGUUCCUAUGGCCAAGGCGUGCUAAACGGUAUUAAUGUUCUAUGUGGAGUAGGAAUCCUUUCUACUCCUUAUGCUGUGAAGGAAGGUGGAUGGGCAGGGCUUUCUAUAUUAUUCAUCUUCGGUGUGCUUUCUUACUAUACUGGCAUUCUCCUCAGAUACUGUUUGGACAGCCAACCAGGGCUCGAGACUUAUCCGGAUAUUGGUCAGGCAGCCUUUGGUACAGUGGGAAGAAUUAUCAUAUCGAUAAUAUUAUACGUGGAAUUAUAUUCCUGUUGUGUUGAAUACAUAAUUUUGGAGGGCGAUAACCUGUCGGCUUUAUUUCCAAAUGCACAUUUAAGUUUGGGAGGGCUCCAAUUAGAUGCACGGCAUCUCUUUGCUUUGAUAACCACCUUAGCUGUUCUUCCUACUGUUUGGUUGCGUGACCUCACUGUUCUUAGUUACAUCUCAGCUGGAGGAGUUAUUGCUUCUGUAAUGGUCGUCAUUUGCUUGUACUGGCUUGGCUUAGUGGAUCAUGUUGGCACUCAAAGCGAACAAACUGUACUGAAUAUUUCUAGUCUUCCUGUUGCUAUUGGACUUUAUGGAUAUUGCUACUCCGGACAUGCAGUUUUUCCCAAUAUAUAUACAUCAUUGGAGAAACGCAGUCAGUUCCCCGCUGUCCUCUUAACCAGUUUCGGUAUUGUGACUGUGUUGUAUGCUGGAGCAGCUGUGAUGGGAUACAUGAUGUUUGGGGACUCAGCUGAAUCCCAGUUUACUCUAAACUUGCCCACAAAUUUAGUUGCCUCCAAAAUCGCUUUUUGGACCACAAUUGUUAAUCCAUUCACAAAAUAUGCUUUAACCAUGGCCCCUGUUGCUAUGAGUUUGGAGGAGUUGAUACCAUCGAACCACGCCAAAUCUCACAUGUACGGAGUCCUCAUUAGAACUGCAUUGGUGAUAUCCACAUUACUUGUGGCUCUUAAAGUUCCUUUUUUUGGAUUUGUGAUGGCAUUGAUUGGAUCAUUAUUUACAAUGCUAGUUACAUUGAUCCUACCUUGUGCUUGCUUCUUGAGAAUAUUGAAAGGAAAAACAAGUCCAAUUCAGGUAUCAGCAUGUAUACUUAUUAUCAUAAUUGGUGUUAUAUCAGCAGUUAUUGGAUCCUAUUCAGCACUCUCCAAAAUCAUCCAGAGUUUAUGAGUUCAAAUUUUGGUAAUACAAACAAUGGCUGCAUAUGUUUUCAAGUCUAUGGAUUAUACAAAAAUUCCAUUUUCUAUGCAGUAUGGUUGUCAGAGUGUUCUCCUUUUCUGAAUAAUUCUCAAGCUUGUGAUUUUGAUACAAUCAUUUUUUAUCUAGAGAAUAUGUUUGUUGCUUCAUUUUCUAUGUAGUAUGGUUCUUAGAGUUCCUUUUCUAACUCUCAUACGCCUUUUCUUUAUAUUAUGUAGUCGAACUUUCUUACUUAUUUGAUUGGAGCUUACUUAGUAUUGAAA